GGGCAAUUGGCGUGCGGUAAAUUGGGAUUAAUAUAAAUAUUAGGCAUAAAAAUGCCCGGGGAAAUCAAGGAUAAUAUGAUACCUCCUGCCUCAACUACAUCCGUGACGGAUGGAGCAACUCCCAUAAACAACAAAGCCGGUAGACGUCUAUCGUUUUUUCGUGCGCCUUCCAUAUUUCACAGCGCAAUUUACGGAGCAGUUGCGGGCCUUGCUUUUUACGGCGGAUAUUAUGUGUAUCGUGCGUUAAAACUUAACACCAACAAUACGGAAUAUUAUGGGCGACAAAGUCGCUGGCGUCAUUUGGAGAAGCAGCAGCUGUUCCAGAGAGAGCUAAGCCAGAAAAUGAAUGGCAAUUUUGUCGCGAACCUUACCCAGGAAUAUGAUCCAGUGGCUUUGCGUCAACCAGGUGGCCAUAUUGAUUCGAAACACCUAUUGUAGACGUUGAAUCUACUUUGGUCAAUAUACUUCAUAGGUUCAAUAUUUGCGCAUUUGCAGCGUAUUCCCGUAGAGUGUGGUGCAACUGAGUAAUUACUUGGUCGCUAUGGGCCAUAAAAUAGUUAUGUUGCAAAGUUUGUGAAUGGAUGUAUCAAGACAGCCC